CACAGCACUGCGAAAAGUGGAAGAGAACACAUCAUGGUCGCUGUAAAGAGAAAAAAGUCCACUUCGAAUGCAAAGGCUGAGGCAGAGGCUCAAGCUGAGACCUUUGUCGACCCUUACAUUGACCCCUCAGACGACGACGAAGACGACGACGACGACGAGGAGGACAAAGUGGACGCGGAGACACUGGAAAUGGAAGAUAUGGUAGAGGACCUCAUAGAGGGUGGCAGUGACGACGAGGAGGAGGAGGACGAUGAGGACAACGGAGAAGAGGACGGAGGUGCAGACGUAGACGACGAGGAGGGAAAGGGAGGAAAGCCAUUCCCAACAAAACCCACGAAACAAAACACCAACAAACUCUACGCAGCACCCACCUCCACCGAAAUCCAACAACUGAAGGAAACCAGCGACCUCUUCCAAUCCAACCUCUUCAAACUGCAGAUCGAAGAACUUCUCAAAGAAGUCCGCGUCGAUUUCCUCAAAAGCAGCAGCGCUGCGGGUCUGGAACGCGCGCUGAGGAGGCUGAAGGAUGUAUUUGACCGCAUGAACGCAGAGGUGGCGGAAAAGAGCGUAGCGCAGGCGACGAAGGAUUUGGAAAAGGAGGGCGUGGUGGUGCCGUUCCCGGAUCCGUCACCACCUGCCGACGCGCAAUACAAACUGGGGUUCAAGAAACCGACAAAGGUGUUUGUGGUGGGCAGUUACUUGUUGAAGACGGUGGCAAAGACCCCCUCGGGAACGAAUGUGGACGUUGCUGUGCAGAUGCCAGAGUCGCUGUUUCAGGACAAGGAUAAUGUCAACUACCGCUACUUUUACAAACGGGCGUACUACCUCGCAAUGCUCGCCGCGGAGGUGAAGAAGCACGCUGGACCGAAGGAUUUGGCGGUCGAGAUGGAGUUCCAGGCGUUCCAGGGCGACAGGCGGCGACCGGUUCUCGUCCUGACGUCAACGGGAAAGAACAGCGAAUACGACUUUAAAUCCAAAUUCGCAUUCUCCAUCCGCGUGUUCCCCGUCAUCCCGCAAAACGUGUUCCCGCCCCGCAGACUCGCCCCAGGCCGCAACAGCGUGCGUGCCAAUUUCCUAGCCGGAGGAGGCGACCUCCCCGAAUCCGCAAACACACCCACCCCGCACUACAACGCCGCCCUCCUAAAAGACACUCCACUGGUAGCCCACAUGAACCUCCUGCAUCACCACACAACCACCUGCGCUGGGUUCCGCGAAGCCUCCAUCCUCGCAAAAGUCUGGCUCGCCCAACGCGGGUUCAGCGGCAACACCUCGAAAGCGGGGUUCAACGGUUUCCUCUUCUCCAUGAUCAUGGGAUACCUCCUCCGCACGAACGACAAGAAUGGGAACCGGCUUCUGGGAAACAAUUUCAGCUCCUACCAGCUGUUCAAGGUAACCAUCGCGUACAUCGCAACCCACGACUUUUUAGCCGAGCCCGUCUUCAUGACCCCCGAUGGCAAACCGCUGGGUUCCGACGCCGAUUUCUCCGCCCCCGCGUUUAAAGCCGCCUACGACGUUGUGAUCGUCGACCCCUCCGGCACAAUCAACAUGGCCGCAUCCAUGUCCUCAGCCGACCUGGCUGAACUCCAACACGAGGCUAAAAAAUCAAUGGCGAUGCUCACCGACCCCACGGGCACCGACCACUUCGACGCCCUCUUCCUAAAGAAAGUGGAUACACCCCACCUGCGCUACGACAACGUCGCCCGGGUCACGAUCCCACCGGCCCACUCCCCGCCAGUCUACACCACCCCCGCAAGACUAGACCACCCAUCCCUCCACCUCUACCUCCUCCGCGUCGUUGGCCGCACCCUCAAAGAAGCACUCACCAACCGUGCCACCCUCGUAUCAACCUGGAUCGACGCCCUGCCCGCGUGGUCCAUCGACAAUCUACCGGUGACGUACGGGGAGGCGAACGCGGCGGUGUAUGUGGGUCUGAAUCUGGACGCGGAACAUGCGAUCCGGUUUGUGGAGCAUGGCCCGUCGCCGGAUGAUGCUGCGGCUGCGGAGAAGUUUAGGAAUCUGUGGGGUCCCAAAUCGGAGCUCCGCCGCUUCAAAAACGGCGAAAUCCUCGAAUCCGUUUUAUUCGACUGCCCCAACACUUUGGAUGAACGUGCUCUGAUUGUGGGAAAAAUGGUCACAUACCUCCUGCACCGCCACAUAACACUCCCCGCCACCAAAAUCCUCUACUGGGCUGGCCAAUUCAACACCUUCCUCACCGCCCCCGGCAUAAGCCUUCAGACAAACACAUUUCAAACCGCCCUGGACGCAUUCACCACCUUCGCCAAAACCCUCCGUCGUCUAGACGGUUUGCCGUUGAGUAUCACACAAGUCACACCCAUCGCCCCCGGGUUGAGACAUACCGCUGUUUUUGUACCGCAGCCUUUACCCGCGGACUCUGGAGCGGCGGCGUUGGAGGCGUAUAGACCGUUCCAUGCGCCGUUAGAGUGUAUCAUCUCGUUUGAGUCGAGUGGAAGGUGGCCGGACGACCUGGACGCUAUACAAUUGAGCAAACGCGCAUUCUACCUGCGUAUUGCGGAGGAGAUGUGUAAACAGCACCCGGGGACGAGGGCGGUUGUCGAAACGGGCAAGGGAGGGCAUGUGGGGGAGAGCGGGGGUUUGGAGGUCACGACUGUCGAGGGGUAUACGUUCAGAUGCACGAUCCAUGUCGAGCGGGAGAGGCAUCUGCUUGAGAAGAUCAUCGAAGCGCAGCGGAAACCGAAAACCAACAACGUACCACUGGGUCUCGACACCUCCGACAAUACGGUAUCAACAAAAUGGACGCAGGAAUCAUACACAGCAGCCCUGGCAUACCACACGAAGACGUAUAUCAACACACCGUACCACGCGCACCACAUCGCGACCCUCUGCACGACGCAUACAUUCCUCCCGCACGCCAUCCGUCUCACAAAGCGGUGGUUGGGCGCUCACAUGCUGUCCCCGCACGUCAGCGAUGAAUGGGUGGAAAGCGUGGUUGUCGCCGCGCUUCUGGCCGAUGGGGCUGAGGUUCCGGCAUCACCAUCAACAGCGUUCCUCCGCGUCCUCCACGUCCUCGCACACUGGGAUUUCCGAUCGACACCCUUAGUCGCCUCCCUCGACCCGGAAGCCGUCUCGCUCACGAUCCGCCGUGAAAUUCACUCGGCGUUCACGAGAACCCGCGCGGACCCGGCCGCGAAAAACAACGCGGCGGUGAUGUGUGUAGCCCAUGCACGGGAUAUACAGGGAACGUGGUGGAAGGAGGGGAGUCCGGGCGUGGCUGUGGCGGAGCGGAUUGGGGACCUGGCGAGGGCGUGUCUGGGGAUCGUGGAAAGCUUGCUUGGCGGAAAAGUGGGUGGAAGUAGGGGGGUUGAUAGGACGGUUAUGAAACUCUUCACACCAACCCCAACCCACUUCGACAUCCUCGUCCCCCUCUCCCCCGCGCACAACCCGCGCUACCGCGAACACAUCCACUACAACGCCUCCCUCCUCACCGCCACACUACCCAAGUACAAGAACCUCGUCCCCGUGGCUGACAGGACGCGGGCGGUGGUGGCGACGGUGGAUACAGUGCGGAGCUAUGUGGCGGAGCUGAGGAGGAUGCUGGGCGAGGCGGGGAUCCUGUUUGUGGAUGAGUUUGGAGGCUGUGUGGUGGGCGUUGUGGUCAGGCCUGCUGUCAAGGACGGGGCGGCCGCCAGGUGGAGGGUGGAGAAUGCGUGGAAUGUCGUUAGAUGCGGAGAUGAGGACGAUGAGGACGUGGAUGAGCCCGCGCGGAAGAAGAAGAAGGGGACGAUGGUGGAGAAGGAGCGGGAAAGGAAAGGAGGGAAGAAGGAGCUGAUGGUGCGGCCCAACCUCCGGGCGAUGGUUGCGGAGAUGCAGCGGUUGGGGGAGGGGUUGGUGUUGGGUGUUGAUGUGCGGUGUGAGAUAUGAGGGGAUUUCGAAAAAAAGUUGGGGUCCUGGUCCCGGCGGCGGGGGCGUGUUUAGGACGUAUGAUAACUUAUUAUAUAUAGGUGGCUUUGGGAAUAGGGCUUCUGUGUGGCGUAGGGGACGUAGAUAGCAUUUUGCAAUGAGAUGGAUGCAGAAUGGGAA